GUAUUUUCAAAGCUUGCAAAAUCUCAAUAUCCUAAUGUCAGCAUCGAUGAGAGAACUGAUAUUAGAAAGCGUCAAGUGCUUAAUAUCUUAAUGUCAGAUUCACAGCGCUCAUAUUGCCUUGCUUUGAGAGAUCUGGAAGACGAAACUGCAACAACAGAGAAUUUGGCAAGCUGGGUUAUUACUGAGCUUUAUGAUCUCGUUAACGCACGAUACAUUGGCUAUGGAAUAUUUUAG